AUGGAACAGAUAUCAACAACAAACUGUCAAUCCGAUUUAGAUAAGUUGCAAAACUUCUCUGAGUGGUUCAACAGUGUGUACAGAAAGUCUAUACUUUCUAAUAUCCCAAACAAUAAAGAAGAACAAAUCUAUUUACUCCUACAUUUAAAGAAAAGCAUAAAACUAGCAGUAAAUGAGUUGAGUUUUAGCAACGAACCCUAUAAGUUUACUUGCAAAGAAUGCAAUAAAAUAGUUACCAUAGAAUCUAACAAAGACUUUUGGACCAAAUUUCAAGACCACGAACACUUAGAAGUUAGGCUUAGUAAGUGUUUUAGUAGUUUGCAAGAAAUAAAUAAAAUGGAAAAAAACAACCCUAGUUGUAGCCAGGAUAACCCAAACCCUAACCAAAAUGCAUUAAACGAAAUAACUAAAAAACUAUCAAAUGCAUGUAUUUCAUCUAAAAAUGAAGACAUCAUUAACAGUGAAACUAAUGGCCUUUCAAGUUCUCAUAAUAAUGAUUCCGAUGAUGGCAGUAGUUCAGAAUCUAGUUUUAAAUUUAAUUUCCCAUUAAAAUAUGAAGAUUUGGUUGAGACUGUGCUAUACCCACAUUCUUUAAUGAAUGAUGUGCGUAAAAUAGAUAACCUUAAAGAAUUUACCAUUCAAAAAGCUAAUAAACAUAGGGCUGUUUGUUUAUUGUGCCCUUGUGAAAUUAUGAGUACAAAAAGUAUUUCUAAAAAGGGAAUUAUUGACCAUGUUUUUGGACAAAGACAUUUAAGGUCUGCUUCAAAUCCAACCAACGUAGAUGCCUUAAUAAAAUACCACAAUGUGUUUUUAAAUAUGGAAACAAGCUACCAAUGUCACCAAGUAUAUUUUUUCCCAGACAUGAAUAAUUUAAAGUGUAUAUUAUGUAAUGUAUUUAUUAAAUACCAUGCUGCCCAAUCACACAUUGAUUCAGACACUCACAAAAACAAAGUUUUGUCAUUGUUUGAAAAAGGAUUUGAUUUUAACUUGCUAACCAAUCAAAUACAUGGUUAUGGAAUUAAACUAGAAGAGAUUAUAAAAAAAGUUCCACCUGUUAAUGCUGUAAAAAGCCAAGGAAAAAGGCAAAGGGAAAGGGCAGAUUCUAGUGCAGAUAAAGAAGUCGUACACUCCAUAAUAAAAGCUGUGGACAAUGUUAACCCUGACAACAUUUUAACUUUACUGCCAAACAGGUUUAAAGGGCACAAAGAUUUUUUAAAAUUGCAACAAAAUAAAUUGCAAUGCGUUCCUUGUAAAGUGACCAUUACAAAAAGCAUAGAUUUAAUAAAACAACAUAUUCAGAGCAGCAUUCACCUGCAGAACUCUAAACAUCAGGUGGUUUCCUAUAAAUAUUUUUGCGAAAUUUGCAAUGACAAGUUCUCCAGUGAGGUACAGUGGGAAAAGCAUUUUGUAGGCCCCAACAGACAUGGCAAUAUAGGGGAAUCCCGUAGAAGCAAAGUCAUUGAAUAUGAAUGUACCACAUGUUCCACGGUAAUUUUUGGAGAUGAGUUAUCUUUAACUAGGCACUUAUCAGUUUCGCCUAAACAAGCUAUAAAAGAGGUAAAAUUAAAUGAGAAACUAAAAACAAUAUUUGCCAAUAGAGAUUGCCUUAAACAGUACUGUAAGGAGUUAACAGCCGAAGCCAAUGAGGUAGUAGAAAAUACUGACAGAAACAACAAAUGUUGCAGGGCUAUUGAAGAUCUAUUAUCAGUUACAUUUCAAGAUUGCAAGGCACAUCCUUUUGGUUCCAGAAUAUCUGGCCUGGGAAAUCAUGAUAGCGAUUUGGAUGUAUUUUUGGAUACGGGAGGAAUGUAUAAUGGUGAUAAGUGCCAAGAUGCCACUGAUCAAGUAAAGUUUGUUAAAGAAGCAGAAAAAAUAUUCAGAAAAAGUAAUAAAAUAUUCAAAAAAAUACAAUGCGUACCCACCGCUAGAACUCCUAUAAUAAAAUUAUUCCAUGUGGCUACUGAAUUGGACUGUGAUAUUUCAUUCAGACACGGCCUUAGUGUUGAAAACACCAAAUUUCUUCGGUUUUGUAUGUUGGCACAACCAAUAUCUCAAACGUUAACGUUAAUUUUAAAACAAUGGAGUUGCUUGUCAGGUUUCAAUGAUAACAUAUCCACUUAUGCCUUGGCUAUGAUGGUCAUGUUUUUUUUGCAAACCAAAAAAAUGUUACCUUCUGUUGCAAAAAUUAGGGAGACUAACAAAGGGCCUCACGCUGUCAUUGAUGGUUGGGAAACAAUAAAUUAUAGUGUGCCUUUUGAGCAUUUCCAUGUUCCAUAUAAUGAUGAUAUAACAGAUUUAUUAAAUGAGUUCUUUACAUACUAUUUUAACUUUGACUAUAACAUAUUGGUUAUUUGUCCUCUGUUGGGUAGAACAAUAUCCAAAAAAUACUUUGUGGAAAAUGAGGGUCAAUAUUUACCCAAUGAAAUGAAGUCGUACAAAGAUAAACAAAAGUUGGACAACGCAGAAGAAUUUCGGGCUAAUUCACCGAUUUGUAUUCAGGAUCCUUUCGACCUAAGUCACAAUUUAACGAAAGCAUGCAGCUUCAGCAUCCUUGAGAAGUUCAGAAAAUAUUGUGAAUUAUCGGUCAAACAUUUAAGCAAGAUUUAA